UCAAUAUCCCCCUUCCGUCAGGGACCAUGGGGAGGUAUUAUUGGUCUAAUUCGUGGGACUCUCCGCGGUAGACCAGACCGGCUCUCUCCUCGAAAGCAUUGCUUAUACCUUUCUACCCACAUACCGACUUACCUACUGCUCUCUUCGCAGGCCAGUCUCAUCUGGCCUGCGAUAAAGGGAAAAUUAUACGCGCAAAUACGCUGCCCAUGCCCACAUCAGAAGCGAACAAGAGGGGCCUGAAGAGAGAGAAAUGGCGGCUCCGCGAGUCCCUCGGGAGGUAUGGCACUCUCGUCAUAACCGGCGGCGCCAUUGUCUCGGCCCUCGUCUUAGGCUUCCUCAGCUUGCUGUGGGUUGGCCAGGGUCCCGGGAGUGGCGAGAAUGCGUCUGCUGUGUGGCGGUUCAUCGCCAUGAGGGGGUGGUUCGUCGAGGCUGCUACCCUCUGUACGAUGGUCAUCCAGGUGUGCGCGAGCGCUCAGGCCCUGAUAUGCACCAGUCUCGCGGCGGCGACGCUCCUCGAGACCACCGGCGUGCCCCUCUCCCAGGUCGCCGAGUUCUCUACGAUGCGGGGCGCGAAUGACGGCCCGUGGCGGUUCGUCUAUCUCACGUUCCGCUCAAUUCGCAAUUUUUUCUCCGUGCAGUCGCUCCUGAUGCUCGUCCUCCUCCUCGGGACAACGGCGACGCACUUUUCCUCCACCAUCCUCGUCACCGAUCUGGAGGUCUCCUCCAUAACCACCGAUCCGACCCAGAUGCUGCUAAACGUGUCCCUGUCCGACGACAUAGAGACGGGCCGACCCUCUAGAUCCCAGUGGCUCCUGAAGCCGACAGAUUAUGCCGUCUUCGGCGAGAUCCCCUCGGGCAUUAACGUGGAACCGACUACUGGCGGCUUCAGCGAUACAGGAAACGUCAGGAGGUUAUUCCCGCCCCUUGGCCACGAAAACAGAACUAAAAUUCGUCACUACAGUGGUAGCGCAUAUGGAAUCAACUCGAGGGUGGCCUGCACACCUCCAGUUAUAGGCGGGAGAUUCCACUACACCAGGUCGAAUGUCAGGGGGCUACCCUUCCUACUGAGCAUGGUGGGACAGAUCUCAUACAAGGCCACCUUCGAACGCGCUGGCCUCGCUGAACCGUUGCUCUGCAGCGAUGGAAAAUGUCUGCCCACCCAGUUCAACUGUACUCUGCCUACUGCCGGGAUUCCCGGAGGGCAGGGGAUUUACAUGUGUCUCCCGGAUAUAUCAAACGUCAUCGAUGAGAACGUUGCCUUUUUGAGCGACGGCCGAGACAGACCGAUUACUCCCCACUCAAUGGUCUUCCUCGUGACGCGGAACAACGGGUCAUUCGACGAAUGGUCCUUCGCGAAAAACACGAGCAGGAUUCCAGACAACCCGAGCCGCGUUGGUGAAUGGGCCAGGUGGAGACUCGGAAACAAAAUCGUAUUCGAAGCGUCCAUAUGUUUCUCCGAGCUCCUAUGGGAGAUGUCGCAGGUAGAUAUGUCCACUUCUCACGACGCGGUCGAGCCGACGAUUUACUACGACCCAAAGGCCCAGUUCGCAGAUUCUUCUGCUGUCCGUGCUCUGCUAGGGGCGAACGCUGGACCGACGGACGCGGCGGACCGGUCCCUCCUCAGAAUAAAUGCCGUCGGCAACACAACGACGGAUUCGAGGCUACUUCACUACCUAGACGGCGCGAUUAACUCUGGGGUAUUUGGAAGUCAGGAACCUCGAUUGGGCACGACGAUUAACGGAGGCGGAACGAGCUUCGGACUGUCGACCAUCAACCCCUUUGUGGACUACGUGGCCGUCUUCGAGGACGUGCUGGUGGAGACCAACCGCCCGGCGGUCGCCAUACAGUCGAUAAUGACGAUGAUGGCGAUGUCACUACACUACGCCAACCUGGCGCUGCUGGACGUCGCGGAGGAGGUGAGCAUUACGACAUCGGCACCCAUCAACGUCCCGGUGCGGUGGACCGGGCUUGCCGUAGUGGCGGGGGUCGUGACCGUGGACACCCUGUGCGUUGUCGCGAUCACGACCAUGUUCCUGCUGCGGACCCGGUACUCGAAGCAGGGCCACUUCUGGCACGCCGUAUCCCAGCUCAUCUCGGAGCGGACGAUCGGCGUUCUGCAGGCGAGCCCCGAGGCCAGGGACGAGCACGCGGUGGAGCGGGCGCAGGUGGGCGACCCGGUGAUGGUCGUGGCGCGGUGUAAGAGGACGGGGAGAGUGCAGGUUAUUCGGAAGGACGAUAUCGAGGACGGGAAUGAAACAUGAUACCCCUUUUGUUUACGGUUACGUUUGGACACAUUCAGGAUUCCUUUUAGAAUAUACAUGUGUUUCUAUCAAUUGCCAUAGCGUUAUCUUGUAAACCCCUGAAAAGGCCCACGUCUUCUCUGGGUUUUCAGACCCCUACUCGCCACCCUUCCCUGCUCUC